UAAAUAAAGUUUUAACUUUUGAAAAUAAAUAGUUAAAUAUUUUCCCUCUCACUAACUUUCUUCCAUAUUAUAUCAGUCAUAUUUCUUUCUCUCUCUUUUCCUGGAUCCAUUUUCAUUUCAAUCUACAAUAUGGAAGGAGACUCACCACCCUUAUGGGCCCAAUCCACCGCCGCAUUCCACCACCACCACCACCAUCGCCGCCGCUCCUCCGCUCCGAUCAUCAACCCCGUCGUCCUCAUCCUUCUAAUCCCCACCCUCUUUCUCCUUCUCAUCUUCUUUCUUCUCCCUCCUUUUCUCUUCCAUACAUCUGAAUUUCUCCGCUUAGGUUCAGUCAAAAAGAGCUGGGAUUCUUUCAAUGUCUUACUCGUUGUCUGUGCCAUUCUCUGCGGCGUCUUCGCCCGAAGAAACAACAACAACGACAACAAUAUUAACAGUCAAGAACAAGAACAAGUACUAAUUUCGAAUGCCGCCGCCAAAUCUCAUACUCAAUGGUUUGUCCAAGAUCAUCAUCCAUCGCCGAUGAUUACAACACCGGCAACCACCACUGGAAGGUUGAGGAGAAGUAGCAGCUCGUAUCCAGAUCUAAGACAUGAGUCCUUGUGGGAACCCGACCAGACCCAGUUCCGGUUCUUCGAUGACUUUGAAUUGAACCAUUACCGUCCUGCUCCAUCGGCGCCGGCACCGGCGCCGGUUACUUCACGUCAUCUCCCUUCUCGACGGACCACUGGCUCAGGGGGGGAUAGAGAUGAUUUUCUAUUCAAAGAAAUUCCGGUGGAUUCGUUUGUCGUUCGUUCUCCACGUCCAAAGUCACCGGAGAACCAACAUCAGCCGGCGGCGAAUCCAGUACAGAGGCGGACAUUUCAGAGUGUUCCACGUGAAAAAGAGAUUAACAAAGUAGAACAAGAGCAGGAUCAAUUUCAGUUCAAGAUCCAAACAAAAACAACAAUACCCGAUCAGCCUCAACCUCAGGAAACAAUUGUGAAUCGUAGAACGCUGAAAAGAAGCGACAGGAAAAAGAGUGGAUCGGCGAAGGAAAUAGCGACGGCUAUAGCUACUUCACUCUAUAGCCAAAGAAAACGAAAGAGAAGAUCUAAAACUAGAAAUAUUUACGAAUCUGCAUCAACCCUCUUCCAACAAACUGAAGAACAUCCAAACCCUCCGCCACCACCUCCGCCACCGCAAAUGGCUGCACCUCCGCCGCCUCCGCCACCACCACCUCCUCCACCGUCUUUUUUUCAAAAUAUCUUCAAAAAAGGAACCAAGACAAAGCGAGUUCAUUCUGUUUCCGUUUCAGUUUCUAGUCCGCCGCCACCGCCUCCGCCGCCGCCGCGAUCAUUGUUCAACAAUCUGUUAAGAACAGGUGGUAAAAGCAAACGGACAUCAGGUCUGCCACCACCGCCUCCACCGCCUCCGUCUUCAAUCUUCAACAAUAUCUUCAAAUCCAAUACAAAGAGCAAACGAUUCAACUCAAUUUCUACUCCACCCCCUCCUCCUCUUCCUCCUCCUCCUUCAUCAACCUUCCGCAAUAUGUUCAGAACAGGUACCAAAACCAAACGAUUCGAUCCCAUCUCCAAAUAUCCACCGGCGUCUGAUCAAUCUUUCGACCCGCAAUCACCUCAAUUGCAUAACUCCGAUUCCCCUCGUCGGCGAAACAACACAUCAGCCGGACGACCCCCUUUACCCACAAAAAUGAACCAAUACUACGACGGAAACAACGAGACCAUUAUCAACAGCGGAGCUCAAUCACCUCUAAUUCGAAUCCCAUCGCCGCCACCAUUGCCACCAUUCAAGAUUCCAGAGAUGAAAUUCUUCGCCCGAGGCGAUUACGUUAGAAUUAGGAGUACCCACAGCUCCAGAUGCAGCUCUCCAGGAUUGGAUGACAUAGAUUUUCUUCCAUCAAGAUCAUCAGAUGCAACCGAGGGUGGGGGUAUUCAAGGAUCAAUCACACCCACAUGUCCAAGCCCAGAUGUAAAUCUAAAAGCUGAUUCAUUUAUCGCAAGGCUAAGAGGUGAAUGGAAGAUCGAGCUGAUGAAUUCCGUCAAUGAAAGAAGAAAGUUGGGUCAGCAGCUAUAGUAACAUAAACACAUUAUAUAACCAUAUGAAUUGUCUGUCUGAUUUAAUUCAGGAAAUAUGAUAUAUACAAUCUGAAAUCGCAUAAUCGCUAAUGGAAACGCGAAUGGGUGCGGUUUAGGGUUUUGGUGGAGUCCUUUUUUCAGUUUCCUCCCAUCGAAUCCCCUGUUCUUGCUGAAUUUGUUUGAUUGAGAAUAUGGUCAUUGUUCAUAGAACAAGAAUAGGCUCUAAAAGAGGGUGUUUUUUGGGUACCCUUUUGGAGUUAUAUCUUUACUUAUGUCACAAGUGUGAGUUUUGAUUGUAAUUUGUUUGUUUUAAGGAAACCAAUGUUUUAAUGUUGGUUUCAUUUGUAAAUAUCAUUUAUGUAACAUAUUUCAUCUAGAUAUGGAUUUAGAUGAAAUCAUAUUUGAUCAUUAAUUUAAAUUAGUUGAUGGUUUCUUGUUUA